CGUGUGCGACAGGGUGCUCGCCACGCGGUUUGCUUCAUUCCGAUGAGCUCCUAUCCCCUAUAUAGGAAGCAAUCGACGCCUCCGACUCGUCCAUGAGAUUCACAUCGUCGUUUUCUACGUUGCUCGUCUAAGCCGUGUUCUUUCUUCUGCAUCUCCGGCAAAACUCCGGCGACCAAGCCGCCCUUUCCGAUCUCGACAGAUUAAGAGACGAUAGGGUUAUGGUCUACACUCAACGAGCCCAGUGGUGUUCAUGGAGCCCUAACUUAGCGACUACGUAUAAUUCCGCUGUAUUAUGUGCCAACAUUGAGCUAUGCCAAUGAUGGAACAUUGUGACUUCAGCCAGGCAUCCCACUAUGAAAGAGUUUUAUUUGGAACCCAUCUUUUAAGGUUGGUUCAGACACUAAGACUUCGAGUCCCCAAGAUUGCAGCAUGGCACCAUUUGGAGGGGAAAAGCUACUGGAAUGUCAACAUUACCAUUUAUGGACGUUCAGAGAUGGAGACCAUGAUCUUCUUCAAUACGCAUCCAACUCUUGAGGGAGUUAUGAGUGAUGCUGUACAUGGCAUAAUAGCACGUCUAUGCGGACGUUAUCACCAGGAGCUAGGUGGAACCUUCUUUCGUGAUUUAGGGUGGCAGGAUAUCACUGGAGAACCUAACAGGAUCAAGGAAGAUCACAAGAGAAGACUCAACGACAUGUUGAAUUAUAAUCAGGAUUUAGAAAGCUAUAUCAAAGGUCUUCAACUGGAGCAUUUUGAAGCUUUGCAGAAGAUAGAGGCCAUGAAUGAAGUUAGGACCCUCCAGGAGCAGAAGCUAGGAAUAAUGCAAGAAGAUUUGGAGAAAAACAAAGAUGAAGUCCAGGCUCAAGAGAUAGAAAUCAAGAAACUACAGAAGGAAUUAUGGGAAGAAAGGGCUCGCAAUAAGAGACUCAAGUUAGAGAACAGGGUCCUAAAAGGAGAAGAGGCUGAAGAAGAUGAUUUCUCAGUCAACUCCUCUGAUGAGAGUGACAAUACCUCCCUCAAUAGCAUCAACCUGGAUGUUGAGUCUAGAACUUAAGACCACCAUGAGUGUAAUAAAGGAGGAACGCUUUUGCGAGUAGUGUAUCCGACCAUGCCGAACCUAUGUGGAUGGCGGUACAUAGGAUUGCUUGAAUAAAAUAUAUGUGUGGAAUUGGAUUUUAUUGGAAUUUUUUCAUGGUUUUAACUAUUGUUGUCA